AUGUUAACCUCAAUUGCCACUUCACAGCUCGGCAUCCCCACUGCCAACAUCCCUGUCGACGAUCUCUCCGAGAAAUACCCCGACCUGAUGACGGGCGUUUACUACGGUGUCGUGGCUCUGGACCCGACGAAGUUCAAAUAUGAAGGCCAAGAAACAGAGAAACCCACUAUUCUCCCGGCUGUGCUGAGUAUUGGAUAUAAUCCAUUCUAUAAAAAUACCGUUCGCUCCGUUGUACGUCCCACCACCCUCUGCCAAACCAAGUUCCAGCGCCUGCCGGACUUCUACGGCACGCCGCUGCAUCUAUUGAUCCUGGGGUAUAUCCGACCCGAGUACGACUAUGUGUCGCUGGAGGCACUGGUGGAGGAUAUUCGGGUGGACUGCGAGGUUGCGCGGCAGAGUCUGAUGCGCGAGGCGUAUCGGUGUUAUCUUGGGGAGGAGGGGACGGUGGCUGCGAAGGUUGGGGAGGAGACGAAGUGGCUAGUAGGAUUUUAG